CGUCCUCAAGCUAGGCCAAUCACCACCAGUAAAGGGGCUCCUCCCAGGGACCGCUCCCUCCAGCCAAUCCCCACCCACGAUGCAUCGGGGGGCGGGGCGGGGGAUUCCGUUGCGGCCGUUGGGCUAGUUUCAACCGCCGGGCAUGGCCGCGAGCGAGGGCCUGGGGCGCGGCGAUUGGCUGCCUCCGCGCGCGGCGGGAGGUCAGGUGGUGCGGACGGUGGAGAUGCACGCGGGCGGGGAGCCGCUGCGGAUCGUGGUGCCUGGCGGGCUGGGCCCUCUGCAGCCCCUGGCGGCGGCGGCGGGCCUCCCCGGCCUCCUGGCUCGGCGCCGCCUCCUGCUGGCCUCCCCGGAGCUGGACGCGGCGAGGCGGCUGCUGAUGCACGAGCCGCGCGGGCACCGCGACAUGUACGGGGCGGUGCUGGUGCCCAGCGAGCUGCCCGAGGCGGCCGUCGGCGCCCUCUUCGUGCACCAGCAGGGCGCCAGCUCCAUGUGCGGCCACGCCACCCUCUGCCUCGCCCGCUUCGCCCUCGACUACGGCCUCUGCUCGCCGCCGCCGGCCCCCGGCGAAGCCCCGGUCACCAUCCACUGCCCCUGCGGGCCCGUCGCCGCCUUCGCCUCUUGGGACGGGCAGCGCAGCGGCAGCCGCGUCCGCUUCCACAGCGUGCCUGCCUUUGCCGCCGCCACCGAUGUAACCAUUGAUGUUCCUGGCUAUGGAAAAGUGGUCGUUGAUGUAGGAUAUGGUGGUGCUUUCUAUGCAUUUCUCAGCGCUGAUCAGUUGGGACUUGAUGUUUCUUCUUCAAGGCUUAGGGAUCUUGUUGAUGCGGGAUCUGCAGUAACUGAAGCAGUGAAGGCUCAGUUCAAAGUUCAUCAUCCUGUCAUUGAAGAUGUGGCUUUCAUUUAUGGGACUAUUCUGACAGAUGGAAAAGAUGUAUUUAGUGAUGAACCAACAAGCAACAUCUGUGUGUUUGCUGAUGCACAGGUCGACCGAAGUCCCACUGGAUCGGGCGUGACAGCUCGCAUUGCCUUACAGUACCAUAAAGGACUCAUUCAACUGAACCAGACCAGGACCUUCAGAAGCAGUUCAACUGGUUCCUUGUUCACUGGAAAAGCAGUGAAGGAAACAAAAUGUGGUGACUGCAAUGCUGUUAUAGUAGAAGUCUCAGGAGAAUCCUUUUAUACUGGAACAUCAACUUUUACUUUUGAGGAGGAGGACCCACUGAAAUACGGUUUCUUUCUCAAGUGACUGUGCCACAAUUCUGCUUCAGUUUUCUUAAUAACCUUAUCAAAAGAGUAGUCCUCAUGUAUGUAUGUGAGAUCCCACCCCCCGGCCUUUAAUUUGGGUAUUUCACACUUAUCUUCUUUUGGUAAUUAGGAGGGUUGAAAGAUGCCUGGAGAGAAAAGAAUAGAGAUCAAAGAGACUACAUUUUUUAUUAGGAAGACACAAUACAUCCACCAGAAUUGUGACUAGGGAUGUGCACGAACCAGUUCGGCGCUCCUUUUACAGAGCAGCAAACUGGUUCAAAUGUCCAGCAUUUGAGCUGUUUGGAGGCGGGGGUGGGUGGGUUUCCUUUAAGUGGCAGGGAGGGUGCCCUUACUUGCCCUGGUGUCCCCCCCCACACACACACACCGGUGCUCUCCCCAAAACCACUGGUGUGGGGCUACAGCAUACCUCCUUGCAGCCCCGGUCAGCGUCGUACCAGAAGUGGUAUGGUAAGGGCACCCUCCCUGCCCCUCUAGGAACCCCGCCUCCCGGGAGUGCAUGAACUAGUUUGUGCACAUCCCUAAUUGUGACUACAUGUUUAUAUUUGAAAGUAGAGCAGCAGAGCUAAAAUCAGUUAAUAUAGCUCCUAAAAUCUAUGCAGAUCAUGCUCCUGUAGAAAUAAUCUGGGAGAGGAAGGCAAAAAAGAAUAUAUUUUAAAACUGGCAUUUGAAUAAUACUCUUCUGUGUUCCCUACUAAUUAAAGAGGAGAUAGAUCUAUAUUGUGCUAUCAAUCUCUUAACCUCAGGUUUGGUCACAGUAUGAGAAACAUUUUAAGCUUAUAUGAGAGGUCAGAUAAUAUCUUUAAGUUCUUAUUACUAUAAGCAAAAGAAUUCAACAUACUAAACUGUUAAAAUAUAUUGAAACAUUAAAAAACCCCAUAAAAUACAUUUUAACAUACAUUUUUACUCAGAAGAAAGCUCCAAAUAAAUCAGCGGGAUUCCCUCCUUCUAUGCUUUGCUGAGGGUCUGGGAGGAAAGUGGGGGAAAGAGAAUCCACAUUCUUGCCUAGGAUCUCUGCUGUUCCCGAUUCCUAUGUGUUUUUACUCAGAAGUAAGCUCCAGUGGAAUCAAUGGACUUACUUUCUAGUAAUUUAUUCCAAACUUUGUUGAGGGGCUUUACUCCCCCGCCCUUUGUUGCGGGUGAGAGUAAGAGAGCAGAGGGAGAAAAUAAAUGCCAAGGAAUGGGACAGGGAGGAAUGGUUGUUUAACUAUACAAGUGUCAGAGUGCUCAUACUGUCCUCAUCAGGCACCAAUGUUCAGAACCAGGAAGGCACUUGCUAGAAAUUGCCAGGACUUGCCCCUUUCAAAUUUGGCAUCAUAAUUCUCGGUGGACAGACUCAGUGCUCUUAACUAACUUCCCGUUUUCUCUGUUAUUAUGGGGAUUUUGAACAAUAAUUACUCAAAAAUCACUAGAUGUUUUUCAAACCAGCAAAGGCACCAGCCCUGUAUGGACUUGAAUUUUUGGGGAAUGCUAAAAAAUUUUUAAAAAAUUAAAAAUAUAUCUUAUCUGUGGUGAAAACAUGUCAAAACUUUAAACCCUCUUUUUAGAAGUUAAAAACUUAAAUUGUUAUAUUGCAGCCAUUUUGCAAUGCAUAUGCACCAAAUUUGGAGGAGUAGUGUCCCCUAGUUGAUGCUUGCACGGUUUCAUGGGGUUUGAGUAGAUGCAUUUGAUUUUAUAAGCAAUAGAAUGUUCAUGUUAUGUUUAUAAGCAAUAGAAUGUUUAUAAUAAUGGACUGUUGGAAACACUUGACUAUACUGGCACAACUGUGCCAGUUUAAUACCUUACUACGAACAUAAAUACAAUUAUUUUCUAAUAGUAAUUCUAAAACAAAACAAAUCUCCAUUUUGCCACAUCCUCACAAACCUAUCUACAUAACUUGUCUUGGGUUCUGUUUUAUUUCUUGGUCAUACUACAAAAAAUAUCAUUUUAAAACCCCUUUUAGCCAGAUGUUUUGGCUUCUGCCUUCCUCAGUUACACAGUUGUGAUUUAAAUGAAUGCUGUAAGCCAAUAUGAUAAUUUUAAAAAUAUGAGGCUAGUGGAAUUCUCAGCAGAGUAGCACGUGCGUGUGUGUGUAUACACACACACACACACACACACACACACACACACACACACAUACAAUACUUAGGAUAGAGGCCAUGCUGUCCUAAGGCUAUAGAUCUGGAUCGGUUGUCUUUCAUAAGUGAUGGGUUUCUGUGCCUGUGAAGGGAUCUCACGGCAAGUUUUACUAGCUCCUCGCAGCAGCCUUCUGUCCUGCACGUGUUCUGUACUUCCUUUAUUACUGGCAGUUGGGGCACCUUUCUCUCUGUUCUUGGAUGACCGCCAGAGCAACAGUACCUCAGAGAUUUUGCUCUUCAGUGAAAAAAACCCUGAUGUUACAGUUACUAGACUAAGGACUUUUUUGGAGACUAUUCUAACUGAUCUGAUGUAUGGACAAUGACUACGGACUGAUUUAGACAACCCGAUAAAAAAAAAACGGACUGCCAUCAGCAAUGGAAAUGGAACAAUGGACCUCAAAACAGUGGUACAUAUGCUGGUAACCUCUAGGCUGGAUUACUGGAAUGCACUCUAUGUGGGGCUGCCUUUGUACGUAGUUUGGAAACUACAGCUGGUCCAGAAUGCAGCAGACAGGUUGGUCUCCGGUCAUCUAGGAGAGACCAUGUGUUGAAAGAACUACACUGGGUGCCAAUAUGUUUCCGGGCAAAAUACAAGGUGCUGGUUAUUACCUAUAAAACCCUAAACAGCUCAGGCCGGGUAGUUAAUAGAACGUAAUCUUCAUCAUGAGCCCCAAUGCCUGUUAAGAUCAUCCAAAGAGAUUCGCUUGUGGUUGCCGGCAACCCGAAUGGCAGCUACUCGAGAAUGGCCUUCUCUGUUGCUGCCCCUGGACUUCGGAAUGCACUCCCUGUUGAAAUAAGAGCCUCCCCAUCUCUGGCAACUUUUUAAAAGGCCCUGAAAACACAGGCUUUUAAUUAGAUUUAUGGUUUUAAAUUUUUAAUGUUGGUUUUAAAUGAUUUUAAUGUUUAAAUGACUAAUUGUUUAAUUGAUUUAGUUUUGGUUUUAAUUUUUAAUUGAUUUUAAUUGUUUUUAUUUUGAUGUAAUGUUUGAUGACCGCCCUGACCCAUUUUUGGAAGGGCAGUAUAUAAAUCAAAUAAAUAACAUAAAAUAAACAUGGUUUCUCUCUGGAAAA